GCAGUAUCGCUGCUCAGUAUGGUAGCCAUCACGAUCAAUCGGUACAUACUAAUCUCGAGGUCAGAGAUAUAUGCUCAAUUGUACACCACGCAGAGAAUAAUUUUAAUGCUGAUUGCCAUAUGGACUUUAAGUUUCUCACUGCUUCUACCGCCAUUGCUUGGUUUUUGGGGAACAUUGGGUCUAGAACCGUCCACAUUUUCCUGUACAAUCCUGAAAAAGAAUGGAAACAGCCCAAAGAAAUUUCUAUUCGUUCUGGGUUUUAUAGUGCCUUGCGUUGUCAUCAGUGUUUCAUACCUCUGCAUUUAUUGGCGGGUAAGGAAGAGUAGGAGGAAUCUAGAGGCGCACUCUGGCAUCUCCAGGAGGAAAGCUGGAGGGUUUCAACGCCGAGAAGAUUCUAGAGUGACCAGGCUGAUGUUGACUAUAUUUUUGUGCUUCCUUCUGUGUUUUAUGCCACUGAUGUUGGCCAACGUGAUCGACGACAAGAUAAAAAUUCCGAUUCUGCACGUGAUUGGGUCUGUACUGGCAUGGGCAUCUUCUGUAAUUAAUCCUUUCAUUUAUGCUGGCACUAAUAAACUUUAUAGAGAGGCCUACAAACAGGUUCUGUGUCCAGUCUCUAGUAAAACACCGACCAUUGGACCGAAACCGACGCACUCGCAUUCCAGUAAAGUAUCCUCACCUCAAGCAACUUGAAGUUUCGUGAUGUUACUCGAUUCGAUGGAACCUUGCUCUUUUAAAGCAUUUAUUGUCGUUGGAUAAACAGUGGUGGUUAUUGUGAUUUAGGUAUAGUGGAAGAUGCUUGAAGUUGAACGAUAUGAAUAUUGAGGGUUUUGUAUUAUAUGUGAAUUAUUGGAAA